AUGGACGCGGUAGGAUGGAGAUUUUAUGUGAGUAAUGUGUUAAAACAUGAAAUCAAUGGACCCGCUGUCCUCCUCCUUGGUAAUUUUGACUCACAUGUUUCGGAGGAGGGACAGCGGGUCGUUUUCGAAGAAACGAACGCCACAGUGGUGCCUUUCCCGCCUAAUACGACGGCGGUUUGUCAACCGCUCGACGUUGGCGUGAUCGGCCCACUGACAGCAAAAAUUAGGUCAAAGUUUCGGGGUGUUGCAGGAGGCACUGCAAAGGAGAAGCGCCUCCGUGCAAUUAAGUCUAUAAUUGCGCCCUGGGAAGAAUUAGCGGAAACCACCGUAAUUCGUAGCUUUGAGAAAGCAAUUCCUAAGUACCCUGAGAUGUUGAUCUGA